AUGGCGAACCCCGUCAAUCCUGCGCAGACUUCUCCUCCCUCCACUUCACCAAGCCCUGCACCUGCGACGCAACAAUCAACCCCCGACAUGUCCUCCCAGCAACCCCCCUCCCAACCUCCGAACGGCGCAUCCAAACCCGCCAAGCCACCGAAACAGCCUAAGUCCAAAGAUGCCCCUCCCGCCGCGGGCGGAGCUCCAGGGGAGGAAAAGCUCAGCCCAGCUGAACUGAAGAAAAAGGCGAAGGCCGAAAAGGCCGCCCGCAGAGCUAAAGAAAGGGCUGAGAGAGAUGCCAGCGGAGGUGCAGGGGCCGGACCAGGGCCCAAUGCCGCACCGGCUAAAAAGGGCUCAACCGGAGGAGGCGGCGCUGGAGGAAAGGAGGCUCCGGGACAGCCAUACAAGAGUCAAAGACAUCGACGCGGAUCGGCUACACAGGCCAUCGCUACGGAACAAAAAAAGAAGCAGGAGGAUAAGAACGUCGCUGUCUUCGGUCAUUUGUAUGGACAGCCGAGGAGGACCACCAUCGCCGGUGCCGGAAAGGAAGUACACCCUGCCGUGUUGGCGCUCGGUCUGCAGAUGAGGGAUUAUGUCGUUUGCGGUAGCAGUGCUCGCUGUGUGGCGACCUUGCUUGCUUUCAAGCGGGUCAUCGAGGCUUAUACAACCCCCCUGGGAACCUCCCUUUCCCGUCACUUGACUACCCACCUCUCUCAUCAGAUUACCUAUCUCUCUACAUGCCGUCCUCUCUCCAUCAGUCAGGGUAACGCUAUCCGUGCGCUUAAACUGGCAAUCUCCUCCAUUGAUCCUUCCGUCCCCGAGGCCAGCGCGAAGGCAACGCUGAGCGAUUUUAUUGACAACUUCAUCCGUGAAAAGAUUACCGUGGCCGACCAGGUCAUUGCGACCAGCGCCGCAGAGAAGAUCCAGGACGGCGAUGUGAUCGUCACUUUCGCCGGCAGUUCGAUCGUGAAGCAGACGCUUCUCACCGCAUACAAACAGGGCAAGAAGUUCCGCGUGUCCAUCAUCGACUCCCGUCCGUUGUUCGAAGGCAAGAGCCUGGCCCGCACGCUGGCCAAUGCGGGGCUAGAAGUGCAGUAUUCUCUUGUCAACGGUAUCAGUCAUGCUAUCAAGGAUGCUACAAAGGUGUUCCUCGGCGCACACGCCAUGACCAGUAACGGACGACUCUACUCGCGUGUCGGUACAGCGCUGGUCGCCAUGUCGGCCAAAGAGCGCGCCGGCGGCGUGGAGGUACCUGUCAUUGUCUGCUGUGAGACCAUCAAGUUUACGGAUCGUGUCGCCCUUGACAGCAUUGUCGUCAACGAAAUUGCCGACGCAGACGAGCUCGUCCCCAGCCAGCCCUUGAAGCAGUUGACGGGUCUACCGGCCCCCGCUGACGAGGCCGAUACGAAGAAAGGCGAUACGAAGAAGGGUGGCAAUAAGGCUGCCGCCAGUGCUCCCCCCGCAGAGUCAACACCCCUGCCCGAGGGCUCUUCUCCUCUUGCAAACUGGAAGGAAACGCCUAAUCUACAGCUCUUGAACAUCAUGUACGACGUGACCCCAGCCGAGUACGUCGACAUGGUAGUCACAGAGAUGGGCAGUUUGCCGCCAAGCGCGGUUCCGGUCGUGCAUCGCAUGAGUACGAACUUGUGA